UUAUAAAAGGAGAAAUCAGGCUAGAAACCCUCAGGUUAAAAGGAGUAAACGGCGGGUAUCCUGAACAGUGCUGGCUUUGCCUUCCUCUGAGUGUUCCUGGAAAUGGCAAAUUCUGAUAGCAGCAAAAAGGAUUUCUUUGAGAAUCAAUUAGAUGAAGAAAGUGUGAUUCUCACAUUGGUUCCAGCUUACGAGGAACCUAAUGAAGAACAUCAAAUGCAACCAAGCAUUUCUUUAGCCUCAGAAGCCAGUCUGAAGACUCCUAGGACUGAUGAUAAAGUUUAUCUGCCUCAAAUGCAUGAAAACUUCAAAGCUUGCCCCAAAUCAAUCCUUCCCUUGCCAACCAUUUUGCCUUCAAUUAAUAAAGUACGUUGGGACACAUUGCGGAACUGGUGCCAACAAUUUAAUUUGAGUACGGAUGGUAAGAAAAUAGAUGUUUAUCUGAGGCUCAAGGAACAUGCUUACACUGAAGAAAAAGAGGUGACUGAGGAGUAUGAAGAUAGUAUAAAGGAUGUUCCUGAAACAUCUCAGGAAGCCACCUUGCAGUCAAGUUCAAAGAAAUGCAAGAUGGUAACCAAGAGAACAAGGAAUCAGAAAAGUUAUAAGAUGAGUGAGAGAGAGAAAGGGACCAAUACAGUUGAAGUGAUAACUUCAGCUCAGGAAGCCAUGUUGGCAGCAUGGGCAAGAAUUGCUGCAAGAGCUGUUCAGCCUAAGACUGUGAAUUCAUGUUUCAUUCCUACUUCUGCAGAGAACUUUCUCCUGCAAACCUCUGGUGUCAGGUGGUGUGUGGUCCAUGGCAGACCUCUCUUGGCAGACAUAAAGGGCUGGGUUCGUCUGCACUUCCAUGCAGGUCAGCCCUGGGUGCCUGACACUCCCAAGAAGAUGAUCUCUCUCUUCCUAUUACCAGCUUGCACUUUCCCAUACCCAGACCUAGAAGAUAAUAUGUUAUGCCCUGAAUGUGUUAAGAGGAAUAAGAGGAUAAUGGAAAGAUUAAUUACAAUGAGGAAGAAGAAGCAACCUACUUUGAACAAAUCUACAUCUUUCCUUUUGGAUGGGCCAUGUCUUAAUAAAGAAUAAAUGGUGCAGAUCUCA